ACCCAUCCCCUCCAUAAUUUCUCACACAUUGCAACCAUAGCCCUUGAGUUGAUAUUCUUAUUUCUUUGCUUUUUCUACCUCAAUUUGGCCAUAGUUUUUCUUUUUCCGAGAAAAAAAAGACUAAGAGAUGUUCCAUCAAAUUUGGGACGCGAUCACUGGAGAACACGAGGGGAGGACGAUCAAAGGAACGGUUAUCUUGACGAAGAAAAACGUUUUGGAUUUCAAUGACUUCAACGCGUCGAUUCUCGAUAAGUUUCAUGAGUUGUUUGGAAGAAGAGUUUCUCUGCAGCUAAUUAGUGCCGUUAAUGCUGACCCUGAGCAAGCAUUGAGAGGGAAACUUGGGAAGCCAGCAUAUUUGGAAAACUGGAUUACCGAAGUUACCCCUUUAAUCACUGGUGAUUCAGAAUUCGGUGUCACAUUUGAUUGGGACGAGGAGGUAGGAGUUCCAGGAGCCUUCAUAAUAAGAAGCUUGCACGACAGUGAAUUCUACCUUAAGUCUCUCACACUUGAUGAUGUUCCCGGACAUGGUCGUAUUCACUUUGUCUGCAACUCUUGGGUUUACCCUGCUGACAAAUACAAAACAAACCGUGUUUUCUUCACGAACCAGACAUUUCUUCCAAGUGAAACUCCAGCACCGCUAAUUCCUUACAGGGAGGAUGAAUUAGUGACCUUGAGAGGCAAUGGAGCUGGAGAACUUAAGGAAUGGGACAGGGUUUAUGACUAUGCUUACUACAAUGACUUGGGAGAACCUGAUAAGGGUGCCAAAUAUGUCCGCCCGGUUCUUGGAGGGUCUUCAAAAUACCCUUAUCCCCGUAGGGGAAGAACAGGCCGUCCCCCAACCAAGACAGAUCCAGAAACAGAGAGCAGGCUGCCUCUUCUUAUGAGCCUAAAUAUUUACGUGCCAAGAGAUGAGCGAUUUGGACACUUGAAGAUGUCAGAUUUCUUGGCUUAUGGACUGAAAUCUGUACUUCAAUUCCUUGGCCCAGAGUUUGAAGCUCUGUGUUUUACCCAUAAUGAGUUUGACUCAUUUGCUGAUACACUAAAACUCUAUGAAGGAGGAAUCAAGCUGCCUGAAGGCUCUGCUCUUGACGAUAUCAGGGAAAACAUCCCCUUUGAACUGCUUAAGGAACUUUUUCAGACUGACGGUGAGGGGUUGUUCAAAUUCCCUAUGCCACAAGUAAUAGCAGAGGAUAAGACUGCGUGGAGGACAGAUGAGGAAUUUGGAAGAGAAAUGCUGGCUGGAGUGAAUCCUGUCAUAAUCAAGCGUCUUCAAGAGUUCCCUCCAACAAGCAACCUAGAUCGUAAAGUCUAUGGCAACCAAAACAGUGCAAUAACUAGAGAUCACAUAGAGAAUAACCUAGAUGGGUGGACAAUUGAAGAGGCACUAAGAAGCAACAAACUCUUCAUACUAGACCACCAUGAUGCUUUGAUGCCAUAUGUGAGCCGGAUUAAUUCAACAACAACAAAGAUUUAUGCCACAAGGACUCUCCUCUUCCUGCAAAACAAUGGAACUCUGAAGCCUCUGGCAAUAGAAUUGAGCUUGCCAAAUCCAAAAGGUGAUCAAUUUGGGGCCAUAAGCAAAGUUUACACACCAGCUGAAGAUGGUGUUGAAGCUUCUGUUUGGCAGUUGGCUAAAGCAUAUGUUGCAGUAAAUGACUCCGGCUACCAUCAGCUCAUCAGCCACUGGUUGAAUACUCACGCCACGAUUGAGCCAUUUGUGAUUGCGACAAAUAGGCAGCUAAGUGUGCUUCACCCAAUACACAAGCUUUUGCAUCCCCAUUUCCGCGACACGAUGAACAUAAAUGCACUUGCCAGGCAAGCCCUCAUCAGUGCUGGAGGUCUUCUUGAGAGCACAGUUUUUCCAGGAAAAUACGCAAUGGAAAUGUCAUCAGUUCUGUACAAGAACUGGGUUUUCCCUGAGCAAGGACUUCCUGCUGAUCUCAUCAAGAGAGGUGUGGCCGUCGAGGACGAAGAUGCUCCGCAUGGCCUCCGGUUGCUAAUAAAAGACUACCCUUAUGCCGUGGACGGACUCAAAAUCUGGUCGGCAAUCGAAACAUGGGUCCACGACUACUGCCACUUCUACUACACGGACAACAGAUCUGUUCAGGUGGACUCAGAGCUCCAAUCUUGGUGGAAGGAACUCAGAGAGGAAGGACAUGGCGACAAGAAAGAUGAAUCCUGGUGGCCUAAAAUGCAAACUGUAAAGGAUCUUAUCGACAGUUGCACCACCAUCAUAUGGGUGGGGUCCGCCCUCCAUGCGGCUGUCAAUUUCGGGCAGUACCCUUACGCUGGGUACUGCCCGAACCGCCCGACCAUCAGCCGUCGGUUCAUGCCCGAACCGGGCAGCAAAGAGUACGAGGAGCUUAAGGAGAAUCCAGAAAAGGCUUUCUUGAAAACAAUAACGGCUCAACUGCAGACCCUUCUUGGAAUUUCUUUAAUAGAGAUUCUGUCCAGGCAUUCGACGGACGAAGUUUAUCUUGGCCAGAGAGACACGCCAGAGUGGACGACGGACGCGGAACCAUUGGAGGCCUUUGGGAGAUUUGGAAAGGAUCUGGGUGACAUUGAGGAUGAGAUUGUGGAGAUGAACGGUGAUGAGAAAUUGAGGAACAGGGUCGGGCCAGUUAAGAUGCCUUACACUCUGCUGUUUCCUACUAGUCAAGGUGGGCUCACUGGCAAGGGAAUUCCCAAUAGCGUUUCUAUAUGAAGUAUAUUGCAGUUCCAUAGGAGCUUACAGAAAUUUGUAUUGUGAUGGAACAAUAGUGUUUCUAUGUUAUGUGAAGUUGUGUAAAGUCCAGUUAUGUGAAUGGUGUUGGGAUUUAUCAAAUGUAUGGGUUCGUUUUCGGUGUUUUCGAAA